AUGAGAAGCCUGUUUUUCUUAGGAUCACUGCUCUGCCUGUGCACAGGCUCUUCUAGUCAAGAAUGUCAAAACGAGCUCCUGGAGAACGUGGACUUUCCUGGGACAGACAUUAUGCAUGUGUAUUCGCCAGAUGUGAACCACUGUCAGCAAAUGUGUACUCAACACCCCUCAUGUCUCUUCUUUACAUUCAUCCGUGAAGACUGGACAAGAGAUGACAGACAUUUUUACUGUUACCUGAAGGAGACCACCUCCGGUCAGCCCAAUGUCAUGAAGCCUCUCCUGGGUGUGACUUCUGGGUAUUCCCUCAAACCCUGUCUUGGAAACUCAGGAGGUGCCUGCUUUGAUCAGAUUUACACUAACCUGGACUUCCCUGGGGCGGACUAUCGUUUUUUGUUCACUUCUGACCACGAGGAGUGCCAAAGAGCCUGCACACAAGAUCCAGGCUGCCACUUCUUCACAUGGGUAAAUGGGCUCUAUGUAACUGAGGCGAUCAGGUACAAAUGUCACCUGAAGUUCAGCUGGACCGUACCAUUGACCCCUAUAGUGGAAAAAAAGAAUGAGGUGGUAUCUGGCUUUUCUCAAAGAGCAAAGAUGAGCACCACCCAGGUUUUCUACACUGAAUGCCAAAACAAAUAUUUCCCCUCUACUGAUAUACCUGAGAAUAACCUCCUAAAUAUGCCUUCUGCUUCUGCUGACCACUGCCAAACACUGUGUGCGGCUCACCCAUUGUGCACAUACUUUUCCUUUGAAAGUACUACAUGUUACCUCAAGAACAACCCCAAUCAGAUGGUGACUGUGGCCAAAGCUGGAGUAACUUCUGGGUUGCCUUCUCGCCUCUGUGAUCAAGACUACAACUGGCUCAAAGUGACUUAUGAUGGAACUGAUUUCAAUGGCUCUGACAUGCGUUACACUCUUCUGGACGAUGCAGAGAGCUGUCAGAGGGUCUGCGAUGACGACUCUAACUGCCAAUUCUUCUCAUAUCUCACGGAGCAGUUCUUUGAUAAUGAAUACAAGCGGCGCUGCUAUCUGAAGAGAGUCAUCAAUGUUCCUGCCCCACCCAAAGUCACCAAACUGGUGAACGUGAUGUCUGGGUUUGCACUGAGGAGCUGUGGUGCCUAA